UGUGCGAGUGGCAGCAGAGGUCCCGGGCGUCGGGUGCUGCCACCUGUGGCGAGGAGGGCGGCCAGCUGAGGGUUGCUCAUUGGUAUUGAUCUGGGGGUGAGGAGCGAGCAAGCAAAGUUCCGCAUCCAUCCGACGAACGUACGGACGGACCCAGCCAGCGAUGAGCACCAUCCAGCAAUGAAGAAGUUCACCUUCAAGGGGGUGCUCGACGGCUUCCGCUCGUCGGCGCCGCAGCCGCCGCGCGUCGACCAGGAGAUCGUUGAGACCCUUCGGCCCGACCACUUCACCGUCGCCAAGACUUUCCGCCAUGGAUUCCCCUUUCAGCCGACGGCGGUGGCUUUCGACCCAAUCCAGCAUUUGCUGGCCCUCGGCACUAAGUCAGGAUCCCUUCGGCUGCUGGGUCGGCCAGGAGUGGACUCGCACAUGCAGCACGAGACAGACGCAGCGGUCAUCCAGAUCCAGUUCCUAACGAAUGAAGGUGCUCUGGUCACCGCCACCGCAGACGACUCCAUCCACCUCUGGAACUUCCGCCAAAAGAAGCCCGAGGUGGUGCACAGUCUGAAAUUCCAGAGGGAAAAGAUAACAUUCAUACACUUGCCGCUGCAAAGCAAAUGGCUCUACGUGGGCACCGAUAAAGGAAACAUCCAUGUAGUCAACAUUGAGAAUUUUCAACUCUCUGGCUAUGUGAUUAACUGGAACAAAGCAAUAGACCCCACCCGAAAGACGCACCCUGGCCCCGUUGUGCACCUUAGCGACAACCCUGCCGACUCUUCAAAGCUUUUGAUCGGAUUUGCCAGUGGUCAAUUGGUGGUGUGGGACUUGAAAUCUCGAGUUGCUGAAAUGAGGUGGCAGGCUUCUGAAGGCCUUCUGAGCGUUGCCUGGCACCACGAAGGGAAGCAGUUUGUUUGCUCUCACUCCGACGGUUCCCUUUCCACUUGGCAGGCCAGACAACAGACGUUCAAACCAUUGUCGAUUUCAACGCCGCAUGCGAAGCCAAAUAAAGAAGGUAAAAUGGAUCCCUGUAAGCCCAUCCAGAAGGUUGAGUGGAAAAGCCUUCGUGCUACUGGUGAGGCCUAUUUGAUAUUUAGUGGUGGUUUGCCUCAUGACACUGCAGGUAGAGCACCUAGUAUUACAGUUAUUCAUGGCAAGACGACUACAGUUCUCGAAAUGGAACACAAUGUUGUCGAUUUCAUUACUCUUUGCGAAAGUCCUUGGGUUAGUGACUUUCAAGACCCAUACGCUAUUGUAGUUCUUCUACAGAAUGACUUAGUGGUCAUUGACCUGCUAACCCCUGGGUUUCCUUGCUUCGAAAACCCUUACCCUAUGGACAUUCAUGAGAGUCCAGUGACCUGCUGCACAUAUUUUGCCGAUUGCCCGUCAGAUCUGAUACCGGCCUUUUACUCUGUCGGCUCAAGAGCCCAAAAGAGGACUGGCUUCAGUGAGCGCGAGUGGCCAGUAGACGGAGGAGAGUGGAAUCCCACGCCAUGCAGUUACAAUGAAAUAAUAAUCACAGGGCAUGCUGACGGAAGCAUCAAAUUUUGGGAUGCGUCGGCAGGAACCCUGCAGGUCCUGUACAAAAUGAAAACGGCAAAGGUGUUUGAAAAGCCUCGCACAAAAAGCACGGAGUGCUCAGGCAUGGAGGAAGACCCUUUUGCCGUUCAUUUAAUUUCACUGUGCCCAGAGUCGAGAAAAUUGUGCAUAGCUGGAGCAAGUAGCCAUGUAAUAAUUUUUAAAUUUCGAAAGCAAGAAGCCACGACAGAGACCUGGAAAUUGGAAAUUCCCGUCAACUAUGAACAUUUGGAAGAAGGAGGUGAAUACUCGCCAGACUAUGAGUAUCCUCCGCGGCAAAACAUAAAAGCAGAUUCUGGUGAAUCGAGAGUAAGUUUUUUAAUAUCAUUUGAGCUAUGUAAAGCUAAAAAUCGUGAUCAGGAAAUCGGUCCACUUCGAGUUAGGACCGGCAUGCAGAAAAAGCCUCCUGGCUUUCAAGCAUACCUAGUUUGCAUCUCUAUUGGGCUUCAUGGGGAACCAUCAAGUCAGAUCACUGCGCUUGGCAUUAACUCAUCAUACAGAUUGGUUGCUUAUGGAACAGAAUGCAGCAUUGUGGUAGUGGACACUGAGCAGAGGGUUUGUGUUCUCAACAUGAUGACUCCCGAUCUGUAUGGUUCAGCCGAUCCAUACCAGCGUGUGCCCCGCUCGCCAAAAAGGUUAAAUGAGACCAAUAAUGAGGAUCGAUGCCGAUCACCAACAUCUGACCAGGCCAGUUUAGAGGAGGUAAUCGCCAAGGAAGACCAGCAGCAGGAGAAAAAUCGAAGACACUCGGUUCCGUGGCGCAAGAAGAAGUUUAGUUUCCGAAAGCUCCGGCUGUCCAGUGUGAAGGCACCAAACAAGGAAAUGCUCGAUUUUGAGCAGCCGCAGUCUUCUGAAUUGAUAACAGAGCAUCCGUCUCCGAUUCCAGACGCAGAAGAGUCUGUUCCUGAGGAAGCCGAAGAAGCUCAAGAAGAAGAGUCGCCAUUGGACGAAGAGGGCGAAGCAGAAUCGCCUCCUCCCGUGGCGCCUCCUAGGUUAAAAAGGAAGGUGACUCUGCAGCGCCCGGACAGUUUACCUCUGGAUAUCACUUCAGAUAACCUGAGCAAAACUAUGCCUUCACUUGGAACACCGAUCAUGAAGGUAGUCGACCUGCGCCGUGAAGAGGAAGAGUCUAGCUGGGAAGCCGUUGGCCGAGUGAUUAAGAAAUUGAACAAACUGGACUCCUCGUUCUCGAGGUCUCGCAGCUCCUCAAUGUCAAGUCUGGAAAACAUCACUAAUGAAUCUGUGCAGUGUCUCGCCUUUGUCGACUCCUACACAAAGAAAUCGGAUUCUUCUCCUUGCCCGACCUUGUGGGUAGGCACCAGCCUAGGCUCUGUUUUAACAGUGAUGAUAGCGCAACCCUCUUCAGUGGAGGCUCGUCUGACCACACCAGUGGUUCUGCAACCUUGCGGUACCAUUUUCCGACUUAAAGGCACAAUUUUGACAAUGUCCUUUUUGGACUGCAACGGUGCGCUCAUUCCCUAUUCUUUUGAAACUUGGAAAGACGAGAAGCAGGACGCCGCCAAGGACCGCAGCAGAUGGAAAGUGCUGCAAAACUACAUAGAGACCUGUUCUGCAGAAGCCAGACCGAGCAUCUCCCCUACGACGGUAGCUUCAUCUUCGUCAGCUGCAGAGCAGUUUGGAGACCGGCAGUUUGCGGUGCUCGUUUCUGAAAAGCACGCCCGAGUGGUGGCUUUGCCCUCGCAGAAUUGCGUGUACCGCCAGCAGCUGGCCGACACCAACUUCGUUGUCAAGGCGGAAAUUAUCUCCCUGAAAGAUAGUAUAUGCCUGGUUUGCUAUUUGAGUAGCGGCCAGCUGUCCGCAUACUCGCUGCCCAGUUUGCGACCUCUCAUCUAUUUGGACUUUUUGCCGCUGGCCGACCUAAGUUUUCAGACAUCCAAACAAGGCAUACAAGGCAUAGUAGACCCAAUGUUGUCUAUUUGGGGCCAACAGAUGUUUGUAAACGAAGACACAGAUCAGAUAGCGCGCACCUUUUGCUUCAGCAAUCGAGGGCAUGGCCUUUACCUGUGUUCACCAACGGAGAUGCAGAAAUUCACUGUCUCUGCAGAAUUUUGUCAAAGUCUGAACGAGAUGGUCGGUGAACUAUUUCUCACCAGGGAAAUGCCUGAGCCCCCAAAGGAGAGCUUCUUUAGAGGCCUGUUUGGGGGUGGCUCACGGCCUCUUGAUCGUGAGGAAUUAUUCGGUGAGUCGAGCGGAAAAGCGUCCCGUAGCGUGGCCAAGCACAUUCCGGGCCCGACCCUUGAAGGGUUGAACCAACGGGCGACGUCCGCCUCAUCGGAAGUGUCGAGAGCGCGCGAUUUGUUUGUGGAGCGCGGUGAGAAGCUGGGCGUGUUGGAAGAGCGGGCCGAGCGAAUGCGCAAUGAGGCUGAGUCGUUCUCGACAUCGGCGCACCAGCUAAUGCUCAAGUACAAGGACAAGAAGUGGUACCAGCUGUGAGGCGCCACCAUAGGCUGUUCAUCGGGAGGGCUGGCUCUUUGUGAUAUACGGGCAUUCGUUUUAAUCUCGCGCGGUUAGCUUUAACCGGUGGCCCAUUGCCCAUGCCCAGUCCUGGCCUGCUUGCCCUGGCCCAACUGCAAUCCGGUGCUUGACCACCUUUCAAUUCUCCUCAGGCUGCUCUCUUUUUCACUUUAAAUCUUGCCAUUGUUCAAAAACCCCAAAUAUCCGGUGCAUAUCCGCGGGAAGGACAUAAUAUAAUGACUCGUUUUUGCUUUUUGACAAGCCUUGAAGUUUUUUAUUGUCCUCGUUUUACUUUUAAAUUUCCAAAAUAUCUCUGUCGCAUUUUCUGUUAUUUGUAUGCGGCACUGACUUGUUACAAAAAAUUCAGCGGUUGAGGGAAGCAGGUCUAGCUUUGCAGGCGAUCAACUAUUUUCUUAAUCAGGGCUGCAGUAAUAGGGGCUGAGGCUGGCCACCUGCCGAGGACUGCACCCGCUAGUCAGAAUUCUCACCGUUUUAGUCGGACCUGUCUAGUCGUUGGUGUUUUGACCGCGCAUCACGGCAUGAGAGUCAAUCCUACUUCUAAAUUUUUUCACGUUACUGGGCACUGCUGAUCCAUUUAUCUUCCAUGCUUUAUGUUAUUUUAUGGUAAAAAUUAAGUUUUUAAACGAAUUUAUAAAUAAUAAGUGGUAGUGUGACUUAUUUAAUAUAUUUUAAUUUAAUGUUAUCUGUUAGUUUCAAUUUGUGCAAUGUUAUUUUUGUCUAGUGCUGGUACUUACAAAUAAAAAGCAAUAUAAACCAUUCCUUAAUCAUAAUUAUUAUGUGUGGCAAUGACAUUGUAUCGCCGCAAUAAAGUAGUGUAAUCUUAUUGCUUUCAAAGCCUUGAUUGGAAAGUUCUUUGACUCGCAACCCAGUAGCGUCAAUUUCUCUAAUGGAUGAUGCGACUAGGACAUGUAACGUAGGAUUGCCUCGUCUUAAGUGUGCGCGGUGCAUUGUAAAUAAAGAAGCCCUUUUGAAUCAUAUAGCAGGAGUGAGAGGAAGUGCAUAAAAAUGCUUUAACUUACCGAUUAGUCAUUCAUUUGAAGUUACAUUCCAGAUAGGUGAGAUUUAAAUAAUGAAACUAUUGAAAGUCUAUGCACAUUGUUACUGAUUGCAACCGCAUAAGAUAUAAUUAUUAUUACGAGAAUAGUAAUACUAUCCCUGUGUACAUAUUUUAACAAAAGCAAACUUACUUUUGUUCUGUGGACUCGGAAAAAAACGCAAGAGCUCGCCAGCCUGGGCUAAUCCCAUUAUUAUUGUAUUUCACGGAGGCCGUGUGUGACUUGAUAUUUUUUUAUUCUCAUUACAACACAUAUCUAGCUCCUGUUACCAGAAAUCACUCUCAUCAUAUAGAGUUUCCUUAGCCGACCCAUAUAAGUACUCAAUGGACGAUUAAUGUGCUAAUUCAUUUUUUCUGUCUCUGACUUGUGUUAUUCAGAAAAAUUGUAACCGUCAGAAAACGUUAAAGUCAAAAAGUUUUAUUAUAUCCUUACCAAAUUGAAAUUAAGAACGGUAACUAUAAAAAUUACCUAACAGUCCAUAACAAAGCUUUCAAUACAAAAUGAAAAAUAGUAAAGUUUUCACACAAUUCUGAUAAAAUUUGUUACAAACAUGAUUGCUAAAACGAAUCGCCUUUACUAAAGUUGGCACUAACUUGGGUCGGCUUGUUUAUUACUUGAAUUGUAUGAGCAUAAUUUUUACGUUGUCCUGUUUGCGCCCGUUCAUCAGUGAAGGGAGGUUGAUUCUUUGUUGCAAUAUUUUGAAAGAAUGACUAUAUAUCUUUAGAUUCACUGCCAGUAAUAAAAGUAAAUAACCCAGUUGCUAAACGAGUGUACGAAGUCAAGAAUGAAAAGAGACAAAAAUUUACACAAUAUAUAGGGGCAGUCGCAUAUCUGGAAGACUCACGCGUGAGGCGCAAUUUAUUGAACAAGCAAAAGUACAUUAAAGUAUAAAACUCUCACGAAAAACACAAACACUAACAUAUACGCAAAAAUAAUAGUAAUUUUGAGCAAGCAAAAAAAAAAAAAAAAUAACACGAUAAAA